AUCACCGGUUUUGCUUUAAUUUUUCUCAAAUCGCCACUAUGAUGCCAUCUAUUAACUAUACUCGAAACUUCUUUAUCAUUUCUUACAGACGGUAAUUGCAUUCGGGAUUUUGGGCUUCAGGAGAAUGAGCAUGAGCCUCAUCCGAUUGAGUCAUAUCUUUCAGUAACGACGAACUCGACGACUACGACCUUUUGCUACCUUUGGAUUUUUCAUCUCUAUCGUGUGUUAAUUUUUAAAAUAAAUUUAAAAUGAUAGGAUUUAGUAAUAAUAAUAAAAAUUCAUCACCAUCAACAUCCGAACUCGCCAAUGACGACCUCAAUACUCCUAUAUCAUCAUCACAACGUAUAACUCCGUAUAGUCCGUAUUUAAACUUUGAUCCGUCGUAUUUACCAACAAGCCAACCAGAAUUUAUAACACCCACAGGACUCACUACGUCUGAUGGACCAGGAGUCCGUAGAGGACGAUUCGAAUUAGCUUUCGGUCAAAUCGGUUCUGCUUGUAUUAUAGGUGCUGGUAUUGGAGGUACGAGAGGACUUAUUCGAGGUCUCAAGGCGACGACAUUGGCUGGACAAACAGGAAAACUCAGAAGGACCCAAUUAAUUAAUCAUGUUAUGAAAAAUGGUGCAUCAGUAGCAAAUUCACUUGGAACGAUUGCUGUAGUAUAUAGUGGUCUUGGUGUAGCAAUGCAAGAACUCCGAGAUCGUGAUGAUGCGUUAAAUACAAUUAUUUCGGCUACUGCUACUGGAAUGUUGUUAAAAUCAACUGCUGGUGUUCCAAAAUGUUUAAUGGGUGGCGCUGUAGGACUUACAUUAUCAACAAUUUACUGCUUAUGGAGCAAAUGGGAUUCUUUAUCUGAUAUUAUGCAAGAUUACAACAUGAAUCCAGCGUAAGAAUCCAAAUGAAUGUGUUUCGUCAGUUGAUGGGUUAGCAACAAAAUACUUCACUUUUUGUAAAUAGUUUAUUUGCUCAUAAAAAAAAAAAAUUCACUAAAUUUCCAGUAAA